AUGGCCUCCAAACCAAUAGCACUCACUGUAGAGCCCAGAGGCAAACGCAUCCCCAAGCUCCCGAAGGAGACGAGCAUUUACCUCCAAGGCAGCGCCAGCGACCUCUACGACCGCAUAGCGAGAGAUGCCAACUUUUCCGUCCAUCGGCUACGGAUCACGAACAAGAACGAUGGCAAGCCGAUUGCCAAUGAUAAGAAGACGAGUGUUAGUAGUGUAGGGUUGGAGAACGGGAGUGUGAUACAGGUGAAAGAUCUUGGCCCCCAAAUCGCCUGGCGCACAGUCUUCAUAAUCGAAUACCUCGGCCCCCUCCUGAUCCACCCCGUCCUCCUCCUCCUCAGACCCUACAUCUACCGCAAUCCAAAUCUCCUCACAGCAUACCCACCACCUUCAACCCUCCAACUCCUGACCUGCUGGACCAUAACCCUCCACUUCCUCAAACGCGAGCUGGAAACCCUCUUCGUCCACCGCUUCAGCAACGCCACCAUGCCCGUCCAAAACAUCUUCAAAAAUAGCUUCCACUAUUGGAUCCUCGCCGGCGUCCUCAUAGCCGCGGUCGUCUACUCCCCCAUCUCCGCCACAGCCGCCACAAACACAAACCCCCUCCUCACCUACAUCGGUCUGGCCCUCUACGUCCUCGGCGAACUAGGAAAUCUAAACACACACCUCGUUCUCCGCUCCCUUCGCUCGCCAGGUGGUGCGGAACGUGGGGUUCCUAAGGGUUUAGGCUUCGAUUGGGUGACUUGUCCUAAUUACCUUUUCGAGACGCUUGCGUGGGCGGGGAUUCUGGUCAUUAGUCGGUCCUGGAGUACGGGGAUUUUUGUUGCAGUGGCCACGGCGCAGAUGGCUGUGUGGGCGAGGAAGAAGGAGAGCCGGUAUAGGAAGGAACUGGGAGGGACGUAUGAGAGGAAGAGGUUUUCGAUGAUUCCGGGGGUUUGGUGA